GAAGGAUUGGCUCUGGAAUUUGUGAUAAAACGAAAACCCCCCUCCUUCUACCCUGUUCCUCCGCAUCAGUUUUCAGUUUGCUCAGUGAACGAACAGCAUUGAAAUAGGAACAGGGGCGCUUCCGUUUUUUCACACUAUUGUCCUACAAUGCAGCAGGUUAGCUCGAAGUUGAAUGCUUUUGUCGGUUUUAACUAUUGUCUGAAUCGCUGCUGUUUUGAUUGUUGUUUCGAAAUUUGAUUUUAUUUUUACUGGGAAUUAUCUUUUCUGUAAUAAUGGAGGCUGGGUCAUCUGGGUCCGAAGCGGAGGUCACCUGGGAGGAUCAACAGAAUAUCAACAAAUUCGGUCGGUUAAAUAACCGAUUGCAUGAGCUUGAAGACGAGAUCAAGACGGCUAAAGAAACAAAUGAAAAUCUUGAAGAUGCAGGCAACGAGUUAAUUCUUACUGAUGAGGAGGUAGUGCGCUUCCAAAUUGGCGAAGUUUUUGUUCAUGUCCCGAAAGAUGAGGUUGAAAGUCGAAUUGAAGAUAUGAAAGAGGUAACCAGCAAGAAUUUGGAGAAGCUUGAAGAAGAGAAGGAAUCCGUAGUUGCUCAAAUGACAGAGCUGAAGAAGAUUUUGUACGGGAAAUUCAAAGAUUCCAUCAACCUAGAGGAGGAUUAGUUAAGUCGAGCUUCUAAACAUCCAUCUGUACUCUACUUUAGAACGUAUCCAUCUUUGCACUCGAAGGCGUGUUUUCCAAAAAGGGAAAAAGGACUUGUAGACUUUGUGUUUUGUUAAAUCUUGUGAUUCUAAAAGGCUUGCUAAUGACUGAUGAGUUCAGGGUCAUUCUCUCUUUGUUCUUUUCAUCCUUUUUUUUUUUUUUGCAACUUUUUCACCGCUAAGUUAUAACCCUU